GGCACCGGGUCAUCAGGCACGACAACGGGCAUCGGGUCACCAGGCAUCAGGUCAUUUGGCUCGCCAGCGGGCACCGCGUCAUCUGGCAAGGCAGUGGGCAUCGAGUCACCAGGCACGACAGUGGGUUCCGAGUCAACUGGCAUGACCACGGGCACUGGCGGGCAUCGGGUCACCAGGCAUCAGGUCAUUUGGCUCGACAGCGGGCACCGCGUCAUCUGGCAAGGCAGUGGGCACCGAGUCACCAGGCAUGACAGUGGGCUCUGAGUCAAUUGGCACGACAGCGGGCACCGGGUCAUCAGGUACCGGAUCGUCUGGAUCGACAGCGGGCACCGGGUCAUCUGGCGUUGGAUCGUCUGGCUCGACAGCGGGCAUCGGGUCACCAGGCAUGACAGCGGGCACUGGGUCACCAGGCAUCAGGUCAUUUGGCUCGCCAGCGGGCACCGCGUCAUCUGGCAAGGCAGUGGGCACCGAGUCACCAGGCACGACAGUGGGCUCCGAGUCAACUGGCAUGACCGCGGGCACUGGG